AUGGUCGAGCUGCGCAAGCGCGCGAAGACGCCGCUCGCGACGACGGCGUCGCGGAGCAGGGCACACGAGGAUGAUCAACCGCCGUCGCCGUCCUCGCCGCGCGCGCCGAAGCGGCGGGUGUCGAUCGAUCACGCCAAGCGCGUGAUCGAGCAGGGGCGGGCGCGAUGGCGAAGCCUGCGGCAGCGCACGCAGUCGACGCUGCUCAUGCUCGCGGCCGCGUCGAGCAUCAUCGUCGGAGGACACGCGUACGCGAUGAUGCUGUGCUUUGCGGUGCAGUUCGCGAUGGCGAAGGAGUUGUUUGCGUUCGUGUCGAACGCGCACGCGGAGGAGAACGCGCCGGGGGAAGAUACGGCGGCGUUGCGAAGGACGACGACGACGCUGCGGUGGUACUGGUUUUGGACGCUGUCGUUCGCGGUGUACGGAAGAUUCGCAAAGUACUUAUAUCUUGGGUUCAUGAGCGCGAAGGAGUGGAACGAGUUGUUACAAAACGGGGCCGAAGUGAGCCCCGGAGCUUGGUUGGCGAUGCACCACACGUUUUUGAGCUAUUGCGCCUAUCUCGUGGGAUUGGUGUAUUUCGUGCUCACGCUGAGGAAAGGGCGAUACGCGUAUCAGUUCGCACAGUUCGCUUGGACGCACAUGAUCGUCGCGGCGACGACGAUGACGGGAUACUUCAACGUUUCCAAUCUUUUAGAGGGUAUGAUAUGGUUCGUGUUUCCACUCUUUCUCGUCAUCGUCAACGACAUCAUGGCGUACGUGUUCGGGAAAAUCUUCGGCAAGACGCCUUUGAUUAAGAUUUCACCCAACAAGACGUGGGAAGGAUUUUUGGGCGCGUUUGUUUCGACUCUCGUCGCUGCGCUGGCUAUGGCGUCUUACUUGCAGAAGUUUAGUUACUUUACGUGUCCGCCGAGCGGCGACAUGUACUUUCGAGGUAUCUUUUCUCGGAGCGCCAAAAUUUGUGCUCCCAACGAGCCGUUCAUCGUGUCCGAUAAACCGAUCACCAUGUUUCUCGGCACCGUCGUCGGUCCUCUGGCGACCAAGUUGACCGGCAUCGCCACCGUACGUUGCUCGAUGUUCAUGGUGCACUCGCUCGCGCUCGGCACCUUUGCGAGCGCCGUCGCGCCGUUUGGCGGCUUUUUCGCCUCUGGGUUCAAGCGCGCGUUCAAGAUUAAAGACUUCGCGGCAACCAUUCCCGGACACGGCGGUAUCACCGAUCGCAUGGACUGCCAAGUCAUCAAUUCGUGCUUCUCCUCGCUCUACCUCUCCAACUUUAUCACGCACGUCGGCGGCUCCUUGACGCUGGGCGCGCUCUUGACGAAAAUAGAGCUCGCGAGCGACGCGCACAUCGUCGCACUGUACAACGCACUGACGAAAAUGAUCGAGGCGCGAGGUCUUUCCGUCGGGAUCGAUCCAUCGAUCCAAACCAUUGUCCAAACGUAA